AUGGACGCCAACCAUCGAGCCGCGGAGGCCCAAGAAUCCCGCAACCAAACCACCGACGACUAUACAACUACAACUUACUCCUCCAUCAUCACCUCCGAGGGAACUACCAACCACACCUCCGAAUCUUCCAGCCAUGCCAACAAUGCAAUUGCCGAAGAAUCCGACCAGCUCUCUCCCGAAGAGAUCAACAACCCGACCGCGGCACCUAUCGACCCGGUCUCUACGACUUCCUCGACUGCUUCUUCUCAUGUCAGUGUCGAGGGCCGUUGGGGCGAGACGGAGGCGGGUGAGCCCGUCUCUCGUCGCGGUGCGAUGGAAGACUUGGAGGGGAUGCGCCGCGAAUUGACUCGCCUAAGCUUGCAUCGCACUCGUUCAACCACCGCCAAAAGCGUGCGCCGUCUCAAAUCGCGCGCCAGUCGCAAGGAUGAAGAGAAGGGUGAGUCUGAUACAGAGGCUGAGGGCGGUUUCGAUCUGGGUGAGUUCUUGAUGGGCGGCCAUCUUGAGCGCCGUACCACUGCCGGCGAGCCUGCCAAGAAGGUUGGCGUCGUCUUCAAAAACCUCACUGUCAAGGGCGUCGAGACGGGCGCAUCCUUUGUACGGACUCUGCCUCAUGCUGUGGUGGGAACUUUCGGACCUGAUUUGUAUAACGUCAUUUGCCGGUUCGUGCCGCAGCUGCGGUUCGGCAAGAAGCCUCCUAUUCGCGACUUGAUUCACGACUUCAGUGGUGCGGUGCGCGAGGGUGAGAUGAUGCUCGUGCUGGGUCGUCCUGGUGCGGGUUGUACUACCUUCCUGAAAGCCAUUGCAAAUGACCGGGGUGCUUUUGCAGCGGUGGAAGGCGAGGUUAGCUACGGUGGUCUCUCCGCGGAGGACCAGAACAAGUAUUUCCGUGGCGAAGUCAACUAUAACCCCGAGGACGACCAGCAUUUCCCUUCUCUCACAGUCUGGCAGACGCUCAAGUUCUCUCUCGCCAACAAGACUCGCAAGCAUGAUCGCGACAGCAUUCCCAUCAUUAUUGAUGCGCUGCUUAAGAUGUUCGGUAUCAGCCACACCAAGAACACGCUCGUCGGUAACGAGUAUGUUCGUGGUGUGUCUGGUGGUGAGCGAAAGCGUGUCAGUAUUGCCGAGACCCUGGCUACCAAGUCGACCGUGGUUUGCUGGGAUAACUCGACCCGUGGUCUGGAUGCCAGCACUGCCCUGGACUAUGCCAAGUCCCUGCGCAUCAUGACCGAUGUCAGCAAGCGAACCACCCUGGUGACUCUGUACCAGGCCGGAGAGAGCAUCUAUGAGCUCAUGGACAAGGUCAUGGUCAUUGACCAGGGCCGUAUGCUCUACCAGGGUCCUGCGAUUGAGGCUCGUCAGUACUUCAUCGACCUCGGCUUCUACUGCCCCGAGCAGUCCACCACGGCCGAUUUCCUGACUUCCCUCUGUGAUCCCAAUGCCCGCCAAUUCCAGCCCGGCUGUGAAGCCUCCACCCCCAAGACUGCCGAGGAGUUGGAGCAGGUCUUCAAGAACAGCAAAGCUUACCAGUACAUCGCGAACGACGUCUCCACCUAUGAGCAGCGCCUCCAAGAGACUGAGCAAGAAGAUACCCGCACUUUCCAGAAGACGGUCGCUCGGUCCAAGAGUAAGACUGUCUCCAAAAAGUCGCCCUACACUGUCUCUCUGGUGCGCCAGGUCGCGGCUUGCGUCAAGCGUGAGUUCUGGCUGCUCUGGGGUGACAAGACCUCGCUCUACACCAAGUACUUCAUCAUCAUCUCCAACGGUCUUAUUGUCUCGUCUCUCUUCUACGGUGAAUCCCUGGAUACCAGCGGUGCCUUCUCUCGCGGUGGUGCCCUGUUCUUCUCGGUUCUGUUCCUUGGUUGGCUGCAAUUGACUGAGCUGAUGCCCGCUGUGACGGGACGAGGCAUUGUUGCCCGUCACAAGGACUACGCCUUCUACCGCCCGUCUGCUGUCUCAAUUGCCCGCGUGGUUGUUGAUUUCCCUGCUAUCUUCGCUAUGGUUGUCCCCUUUACGAUCAUCGUCUACUUCAUGGCUGGUCUCGAUGUUACGGCGUCGAAAUUCUUCAUCUACUUCCUGUUUGUGUACACGACAACCUUCUGUAUCACCUCGCUGUAUCGCAUGUUUGCUGCUCUUUCGCCGACUAUUGAUGACGCCGUGCGGUUUGCCGGUAUUGCACUCAAUCUGCUCAUUCUAUACGUCGGUUAUGUUAUUCCAAAGCAGACCCUUGUCAACGACUCGAUCUGGUUCGGAUGGCUCUUCUACGUUAACCCCCUCUCGUAUAGCUACGAGGCUGUCCUGUCAAACGAAUUCUCCGACCGUACGAUGGAAUGUGCACCUUCGCAGUUGGUCCCCCAGGGCCCUGGCGCGGUGGCUGGAUACCAAGGCUGUGCUUUGACUGGCUCUCCUCUGGGUCAGACGUCGGUCCCUGGUAGUCAGUACUUGCAGGCUAACUUCCAGUUCACCCGUCAUCAUCUGUGGCGCAACUUUGGUGUUGUCAUCGCUUUCACUGUGCUGUACAUUCUGGUUACUAUCUGGGCUGCCGAGUUCCUCUCCUUUGUUGGCGGUGGUGGCGGUGCUCUCGUCUUCAAGAAGUCUAAGCGCGCGAAGCAGGUCACCCAGCAGACUGCGAAGAACAACGAUGAGGAGAAGGUUUCUGAUUCGAAUGGUAAUGCUGCUCUCGCCCGCGGUGAGGCCCCCUCAUCCUCCGACAAUGCUGCUUUCACCCGUCUGUCUUCGAGUGAGCGCUGCUUCACCUGGUCCAAUGUUGAGUAUACCGUGCCCUACGGCAAUGGCACGCGCAAGCUUCUGAACAACGUCAAUGGAUUCGCCAAGCCUGGUGUCAUGAUCGCCCUCAUGGGUGCCUCCGGAGCCGGCAAGACUACUCUUCUCAACACUCUCGCUCAGCGUCAGAAGAUGGGUGUCGUCAAGGGCGAAAUGCUCGUUGAUGGCCACCCGCUCGGUGCUGACUUCCAGCGUGGUACCGGUUUCUGCGAACAGAUGGAUCUGCACGACAACACUUCGACCAUCCGUGAAGCUUUCGAAUUCUCAGCCAUCCUCCGCCAGGACCGCAGUACCCCCCGCCAGGAGAAGAUCGACUAUGUCAACCGGAUCAUUGACCUGCUGGAGCUUGAGGACAUCCAGGACGCCAUCAUCGGUUCUCUCAACGUCGAGCAGAAGAAGCGUGUUACUAUUGGUGUCGAAUUGGCCGCCAAGCCCAGUCUCCUUCUUUUCCUUGACGAGCCCACCUCUGGUCUCGACAGUCAAGCCGCCUUCUCGAUUGUCCGUUUCCUCAAGAAGCUCUCCCAAGCCGGUCAAGCCAUCGUCUGCACUAUUCACCAGCCCUCGUCCAUGCUCAUCCAGCAGUUCGACAUGAUCCUCGCCCUCAACCCUGGCGGCAAUACCUUCUACUUCGGCCCCGUCGGACACGACGGAUCCGCCGUUAUCAAGUACUUUGCCGACCGUGGCUUCGUCUGCCCACCCUCCAAGAACGUCGCCGAAUUCAUCCUGGAAACCGCCGCCAAAGCCACCCAGCGCAAUGGCAAGCAAAUCGACUGGAACGAGGAAUGGCGCAACUCCGACGAGAACAAAUCCAUGCUCGAGGAAAUCGAAAACAUCAAGACCGAACGCAGCAAAGUCCCCGUCGAAGAGUCUGGUGGCUCGCAGUACGAAUUCGCCGCUCCAACCCUCGUCCAAACCCAGCUCCUCACCAAGCGCCUCUUCCUCCAGUACUGGCGCGAUCCCAGUUACUACUACGGCAAACUUUUCGUCAGUGUCAUCAUUGGUAUCUUCAACGGUUUCACCUUCUGGAUGCUGCCGACCACCGUCGCUUCCAUGCAGGAUCGCAUGUUCUCCGUCUUCCUGAUCAUCCUGAUCCCGCCCAUCAUCAUGAACUCCGUCGUCCCCAAGUUCUACAUCAACCGCGCCCUCUGGGAAGCCCGCGAAUACCCGUCCCGCAUAUACGGCUGGGUCGCCUUCGCCACUGCCAACGUUGUCUGUGAAAUCCCCGCUGCCAUCAUCACCGGUCUCGUCUACUGGUUGCUGUGGUACUACCCCGUCGGGCUGCCGACCGACUCGUCCACCGCCGGCUACGUCUUCCUCAUGUCGAUGCUGUUCUUCCUCUUCCAGGCAUCCUGGGGCCAAUGGAUUUGCGCCUUCGCGCCCUCGUUCACCGUCAUCUCCAACGUGCUGCCAUUCUUCUUCGUCAUGGUCAACCUGUUCAACGGUAUCGUCCGUCCCUACGCGGCAUACCCUGUCUUCUGGAAGUACUGGAUGUACUAUGUCAACCCCGUGACCUGGUGGCUGCGCGGCGUUCUCUCCGCCGUCCUGCCAGAUGUCCAAAUCGAGUGCGCCACCCUGGAAACAACCCGCUUCGACCCCCCACCCGGACAAACCUGCCAGCAGUACGCUGGUAACUUUGUGAAUAAGAUCGCCAAGGCUGGGUAUUUGGUCAACGGGUCAGCGACCCAGGACUGCCAGUACUGCCCCUAUACCACGGGUGAGGAGUACAUGGCUAAUCUGAAUGUCCACCGCGACGACAAGUGGCGCUGCUUCGGUAUUUUCUUGGCUUUUGUCAUUAUCAACUGGAUGCUGGUGUACUUCUUUGUUUACACUGUUCGUGUGAGGGGCUGGAGUUUCGGACUCGGAUAUGUGUUUGGCCUCGCUGGGGUGUUGAUUGACCGUGUCAAGGGUCUGUUCAAGCGGAAGGAGAAGAGUGAUGUCCAGCAGUAA